UUUCACUAACAUUUCCACAGACUUCUCACUCUCCCACUUCGACUCUUCUCUCCCUACCCGUACGUGCUAACCUCUCUGCGACUAAUCACCUCUCUCAGUGCUAACCUCUCUGUCCACCUCCCUCUCGCCAGGACUUUCACUCUCUAGUGUUCUUUGUUGGGUUUGCACUUCAAGCGUAUUUUCAAUUAGGGGUUUUGUUUACCCUAUUUCUAGUAAGUUUAAUCGGUAUAUUUGUAUAUACCGAUUAAACUUAGCAGAAAAUGACAAAGUUCUAUCAGAAUUAAGUAGCUUCCUUGGAACUCUUGCUAAGCGAUGUGUCCCACUAACUUAUGUCACUUGGCGUCAUGUUCCAAAAAACUUGAGACAGACUAUGUGGAAUUAUGUGAAGGCCCGGUAUGUAAUUCCUGAUGAGUUGGAAAGUUGGGUAAUCGAGACAAUUCAUUCAUCUUGGAAGACUUAUAAAAGUCGAACUAAGGCAGGUCAUUUCACAGCCUAUGAAAAUGAUGAAAUGAGGUUGGAGAAUUAACCAGAUGACAUUCCACUCGAGACUUUUAAAAUGCUCUUGGAUUAUUGGAAUGAUGAGAGUAUUCAGGAGAAAGCAAGGAAAAAUGCAAAUGCCCGUAAACAUUAUGUUGAUACUCACACUCUUGGUCCCAAAAGUUUGGCACAGUAUCGUUAUAAGAUGAAAAAGGUGCCAGGUGAGUGUGAACCAUGUGAUGCAAAGAUUUUUAUUGAUACUCGGAAGCGAGAUGCAAAACGUGAGUACAAGAUCAGUACUGAAAAAAUUGAAAAGAAAAUUGAAACUAUUACCAAAAGACUUAGUACUGGAGAUGCUGCUUCUGAUGAACUUGGUGCAAAACACGGUCUGAAUUGGCUCAAAGGUAGAUGUGUAAAGCCAGCAAAUAUGUCCAAUUCUAAUGCACCAACAGAAACCUAUGUUAAAGACCUUACCACAAAGAUAAAAGAAGGGUUUGCUGCUGAGUUGGAGGAGAAAGUGAAGAAAGUGGAGUCUGAAUUUCAAGAUAAAGUGAAGCAGGUUGAAGCAGGAGUUGAUCAGAAGGUGCAACAAAAUUUGGCAUUUGUCUUCAAAAAACUUGCACAAGCUAACCCGGACAUCAAAAUUGAUAUUCAGGAGUUGUGCACGACUGUUGGAAGUGAUAAUGAUGAUGGUACUCCUAUGACCGGAGGCGUUAGCUUUAAGUAAAACUGCUUUUCAAGUAUACAAACUUAUAAUGCUAUUAUUAAAGUAGUUUGUGAACUAGUAUAUUCUAGACAUGUAAUGGUUUAUUUUAGUCGAACUUUGUUCUUUAGUUGUUGGUAAUCUGUUUGGAUUUUGGAUGAUUGGAUGUUUGGAUUGUGUAGAAUUGGAAUUGGUUAUGGUAAUGAAUGGUAAUUUUGGAUUA